GCGGAGUGCAGCGCUGGUCUGCGCGCGUUGGGUUUUAUUGGGAUUUAAGAAAUCGCUCGAGCUUUUUAGUUAAAUCAAAGGCUUAAAUCACUGAAAGUCUGUCAGCCACGCCGGUGAAACUACAGCAUGAGUGGCUUUUAUGACCAGCAGGUCCCGUUUGUGGUGCCACCCAGCAGAUGCCAUCCCGAGGAACCUUCCUCCAGGUCUUUGAGUGACAGGAAGCGUAAGUGUUUGGACAGUGAGCUCGCCCAGGACACUGAAGAGCUCUUCCAGGACCUCAGGCAGUUGCAAGAGAUCUGGAUUGCAGAAGCCCAAGUACCCGAUGAUGAACAGUUUGUUCCAGAUUUCCAGUCAGAUAACUUGAUGUUCCAUGGUCCUCCUCAAACUAAAGUGAAAAGGGAAACGGGUCCCAGCAGAGUGUUCUCCCCCUGUGGGCAAGAGCCAAGGCUCGCGCCGUGUGCUGAGAAGUGCCUUUACAACUACAGUGCCUAUGACAGGAAGUCGCUCGGCUUCAACAGGCCACUGACUCCACCCUCCACCCCUGUCUCACCUUGUGACCCCUCCCACAACACACAGUCCCACCCCCUGCAGAGGAGAACCACGCCCCCAGUCCAUGCUCGGACACAGAGGCUGCCAGCCUUGCCUGGUCACACCCACACAUGUCUUAAUCAGCCGUACGAGAGAACACAGACCUCUGUUCACAGACAAAGCCCACCUUUUGCCAUGCCCCGCCCACCUGUCAGUAACCCAGAUGCCCCCUACAGCACAGACCACAGGUUCCACAGACAGCUUUCAGAACCGUGUCUGCUGUCCCCUCGGCCAGAGAGCCGCUGCUUGACGCCGUUCCCCCCAAAGAUCCCCCAGCCCUUCCCCCGCGACCGCCGGCCCCCAUACCACCGGCAGAUGUCGGAGCCGCUCAUCCCUGUUGAUCCGCAGGCAUUUAAGCAGGAGAUGGUGGACCCUCGCUACCCUGAUCCCAGCGCGUCCAGCACAGGGGCGAGUAACGGGCUGGCGUUCCAUCACCAAACCAUCAAACAGGAGCCCGGAGACUUCGGCUUUGACACAGAGCAGCACAAGUGCCAGUCGUCCUUCGUAAAGACGCUGAGCUUCUGUCGGGCCAGCAGUGAAGGGCUCAUGUAUGACGCAGACCCCAGCCUCUACUACGACGACGCGUGCGUGGUGCCCGAACACACCGAUGCCAAGCCCAAAAAGGAGGGGGCGGGGUUUAGGGAGGGACCACCAUACCAGAGACGGGGCUCCCUGCAGCUCUGGCAGUUCCUGGUCACCCUGUUGGACGACCCGUCCAACAGUCACUUCAUCGCAUGGACUGGCCGCGGCCUCGAGUUCAAGCUCAUUGAGCCGGAAGAGGUGGCACGACGCUGGGGUGUUCAGAAAAACAGACCUGCCAUGAACUACGACAAGCUGAGCCGCUCCCUGCGCUACUACUAUGAGAAGGGGAUCAUGCAGAAGGUAAAGGUGGCAGGCGAGCGGUACGUCUACAAGUUUGUCUGUGAUCCAGAGGCGCUGUUCUCCAUGGCUUUUCCCGAUAACCGACGUCCGAGCCUAAAAGCUGACCCUGAAGACGACCCUUUCUCCCUGCCCCACUAUGACGAGGCGGUCGGAGCACCUUUUCCUGGUGAGGGGCGGGAUCAGUGCUUGGCAGCGCUCCCUCUCCCUGACGGAUACGUGUUCUGAACUGAAUGCGCCUCCGGUCCAGAUUCUCCGAUUAUUACAGCUCCACAGCUCACUGACAUUCCCACUGUCAAACACACACUCUGCACACUUUCUUCUGGAAUGACAGCGGGGCUUUUUUUGUUUUUGUUUUUUUCCUUUAUCAAUGAAAAAUAAUCGUAAAGGUACUCUGUAUUUUUUGAUAAGCGCUGAUUUUCUAUGUAUAAAUAUAUUUUGAGAGCGACGUCUGUGCGGUUUCCUCCGCGUAGAGCCUGCUGUCUGUUUCAACGCUCUGCUUUAGUGCGAUUUCUAAAGAGGCUUUGAUAAACUGUACCAGUGCUCCUCUAAUGCUGUCAACGUAGAGAGUAUAAAACCCAUCUUAAUAUGAAAGAUUGGCAUUUUAUUGGAGCUGUAUGUGCUGUUACCAGCCAGAGGGAGUGCAUGCUUUCUGCUUUUGUAGACUGGUUGGUAUGGGUAUAAUCUGUAUAUUAUAUAUUUUUGCAGUGUCUGCAUAUGGUUUUGUGCUUGCAUAAGAUCAAUCCCAGGCAGUUGUCACUGUAAUUCCGGUCACUUUGCACAGUGGAGAGGGAAAUGCACUCAGGCUCAAUCGAGAUAAAGAACACACACACACACACAUAUAUGACUAAAGCAACAGUAUAAUGCAUGCAAAAAAACACACUGGGAGUUUGUUUCUGUGCUUAACCUUAAGUUCAGGACAUGAUCACAACCACUGAGCUUGUCCAAGGCGGAGUGGACGUGAGAAGUUGCAUUGUGGUGCAGUUUCUGUCUAAAGGUCACAGCCCUCCUUGCGCAGUAAUGUGUGAAGCAGGAUCCGGAACAGCCGACUUGCUGUAAGCAGAACUAAUUUUUCUAUGGCAGCAAGAGACGCGUCUCCUGGGCUUCUCCCCUGUGCCCCUACCUCCAAUAUUAAGAUUUACAACCUGAACUGGGAACAAUAAAAUCUUUUCUGCUUCACUAAAAGUCUGUGUAAAGGUUGAUGUUUUAUUUUAAGAUCCACUGAAGUACAAGAAUCCCCCAGAGCCCAUGGCAGGUGUGGUGACUGUACCUGAUGCCUGCUCAUCUGUCUACGCUAUUAAUGCAGUGCUGUGGGAGUGAGGGCAGAGCGCAGGAACUCACAUCACCACUCGUGUAGUGAACGUUGCGGUGCACACGUUCACUCCUGUAGUGGCAGUAGACUGAGGCUGUUAGGUACAGUGUACUGCACACAGUCUGAGAUUCAAAUCUAUUUCUAAUUGUGCCCUAGUCAAGAAGGCUGCAAAUAACAAUGAAAUAAACGAUAUUUCACAGGAAGGGUGGCAAC